AUGACUCGUUACCAGGGUGUUAAUCUCUAUGUGAAGAACCUGGACCCUGGAAUUGAUGACGAACGCCUGCACAAAGAGUUCUCUCCUUUUGGAACCAUCACCAGUGCCAAGGUUAUGAUGGACGGAGACCGCAGUAAGUGCUUUGGUUUCGUCUGCUUCGCCUCACCUGAGGCUGCCCACCAAGCCAUGAUGGAGAUGAACGGGCGAAUUGUGGACAACAAGCCGCUGUAUGUGAGUCUGGCUCAGCGUAAAGAGGAGCGCCAGGAAUUCCUGAUCAAUCAGCGUAGGCAGAAGGUGGCCAGCACCUGCGCCAUGCCCAGCCCUGUCCACAACCCAUUCCAGCCCGCCCCACUGUCCGAAUACUUCACGGCUCCCAUUCCUCAGGUGUGGAACAGAGCUCCUUAUUACCCCACCAGUCAGAAGGCCCAGUUGCGACCAAGCCCACGCCUGACAACCCAGGGCUUCCAAAACAUGCCGGCCAACAUGAGGCCAUCAACUCCCAGGCCUCAGAGAGGCAUGAGGCCUGCUUCGCAGAUGCCCCGCAUGAUGUCCACUCCACGCGCUGGCUUCCAAAACAUGCCGGCCAACAUGCGGCCAUCAACUCCCAGGCCUCAGAGAGGCAUGAGGCCAGCUUUGCAGAUGCCCCGCAUGAUGUCCACUCCACGCGCUGCUGCACAGACACCGGGCCCGCGGCCUCCGCACUGCAAACACAGAGCGAGAACACACAAACCAAAGCAGAACAUCAGCGCUCAGCCUCAGGACGAGCAGGUUCAGGAAACCUCAGUCCUCGAUUCAGCGGAGGAGGAAACAAAUAACCUACCAAAAACAUUAUAAAGAUUUAUACACUGAGUGUGUUUACAUGCACUUAAUAAUCUGAUAACUGCAGAAAGAUUUUGUCAGUAAUCUGAUCAAUGUGUUUAUAUGCACU